CUACCGCUUGUGAUUUCGCCUGUAUCUUUUACUUCGGUCUUUUUACUGUUAAGCUAGCAAGUUUAUAGUUAGCCGAUGGUAGCUUCUUAUCUUCCCAUUUUUGCAUUUGCUAAUACAACUAUUCAGCUAUGAACUUCGCUUUUGUCUUACGUUCAUCGGCCACAGGACUUCGUUGAACAGCAACUUUUGGAGAACACCGGACUAUUAUGUACUGGGCAACAUCGUAAGCCUAACAGGUUAACAGGUUUAGCUACCGUUAGCCAUGGCCCUGUCCUGUGUGACAUGACAACUUUCCCGACCUGCUGAUGGUCCGUGUGUCAUCUCAGUGAUCCUGUCAUAUUCCUGCCUGGUGGACCAUCUUAACAACACAGCAUGGAUGAGGAGUCUGUCGACCAAGCGGCCAGCCUGUCUCCUCUUCCCUACAAUGCUGGAGCUGACUGUAACCAUGGUGACCAGAGCUCACUGUUGAGCCAGCAGAAAAUGGUGUUGGAAAACCACGAUUAUCUCCAUCACUGUGAAACACUGGCCUCAAAGGUUUCAGCGGAAGAGAGAGGAGUGUGGUGUGAGUCUGAUGUCUCUGUAGUACAACAGAACAACCUCUACAACACAACAUCAUCCACUAAGAAGUCCUUCCCCUGCUCUGUGUGUGGACGACUCUUCACUACAAAACAGUCCCGGGACCGACACAUGAAGACCCACACGGGAGAGAAGCCGUUCCACUGCACCGUGUGUGGGAAGAGCUUCUCUCAGCAGUCCUCCUUUAGGAUACACCAGAGGAGCCACACGGGGGAGAAGCCCUACCGCUGCCUUGCACCUGACUGUGGGAAGAGCUUCUACCAAUCAGGAGCCUUGUUGAGACACGGAAGGGGUCACGCUGAGGGGUCGACUAGACUAAGAGCUGCUGGAGAUGUGCUGCCACACCAACAGGAGCUGCUUGUCCAACAGGACGAUACCAGUAACAAGAAUUCUAAACUUCAGGCUGUAGUGGAUGUGCUGCCAGAACAACAGGAGGUCCGUCUGGCUCAAGGAGACAGUCCUGCUCCUCCUCCCAGCUCCGUCGCCUCUCUACCUGUCCGACACCGGCAGAACCACAACAACACUUGCCACAGCAACACCUGUCAGAAGUGCGGAGAGCAGUUCCCUACCUUCUACAAGCUGCGUGUCCACCUGACCACCCACAGGGGAGAGAAGCCCUUCUCCUGUCCAGACUGUGGUCAACGCUUCUCAGCCCGGGGGUACAUGGAGUCACACCAGAGGGUACACAUCAAGGAGAGACCACACCCCUGCCCCGACUGUGGUAAAAGGUUCCUCUCCCUGGGAGACCUGAAGAGACACCAGCAGAGCUUCUCCGAGGAGAGACCGUACAGCUGCUCCGAGUGCAGGAAGAGUUUCACCCAGCCGGGGUUCCUAAGGGCACACCAGAGGACACACACCGGGGUAAAAGGUUACCGCUGCCCCUACUGUCACAAGGACUUCUUCACUGCCUCCAGUCUGAGGAGACACAGGAAGCAGGUGCAUGCGGAAGAGACCGUCACGCUGCCCCCUAGUGGUGGACUCCAGCUGUCACAUGCUGGAGAGAGCCUGGGUCAAGCUGAAGCUGGUGUACCAGGACUGAAGGUCAUAGUGAAGGAGGAGGAGGAUCCUGCUUUUGGAAACAGUUCCAACAACCACCACUCUGAGACUACUGAGGAGAGUCUCCCUGCAGCCGUAGAGCAUAAACAGCAACACCAUAAACAGCAUCACAGCUGUCACAGAAGAGCCCACCCCUGCCCUGUGUGUGGAAAGGAGUUUCCCAUUGCAUACAAGCUACAAGUCCAUAUGAGAAUCCACACUGGAGAGAAGCCUUACUCCUGCUCUGUGUGUGGGAAGAGCUUCGCCCAGAAGGGGAGCCUGACGCUCCACCAGAUCGUUCACACCGGAGAGAAACCUUACUCCUGCCCCGACUGCGGGAACACCUUCUCCCAGAUGAUCAGCCUGAAGAGACACCAACUGCUGCACACGGGAGAGAGACCGUACCGCUGCUCCGAGUGUGGGAGAAGCUACACCCAGCAGAGAAACCUGAGGGCCCACCAGCUGAAGCACACAGCAGAGAGACUUCACCGCUGCUCUGUGUGUGGGAAGAGCUUCUUCACACCCUCAGGACUCAGGGAUCACCAGAGGUCUCACACAGGAGAGAAACCAUUCCUCUGCUCUGUGUGUGGGAAGAGCUUCUCACGGCCUGGUCUCCUGAGAGAACACCAGCAGACUCACACAGGAGAUGGUGGACAGGUGGAGCGAAACCGCAGCAAGGACCCUGGUGACCGAUCGAGCCCCAAACCCAAAGAGUCCCUUGGUAAAAUUCUGGGACUGAAAAAGGGGACGGAGGCGAGAGAAGAGGAUGAGGAACUUGGUGGUUUGAUUAAUUCCGACGGAGAGGAAAUUGGUCACGAUUCUCUUUCUAGAAAAAGCCCUGUCCCAGUCUUUGUUAGCGGUGAGAUUCCCUCGACAUCAGCAGAACCUGAACAACACCAACAAAUCCAGGAGAAACGAUGCAGAACCAAGAAGCCUCACCUCUGCUCGGUGUGUGGAAAGGAGUUCCCUAAACCAUCGAAGCUAGUUGCACAUCUCCGCACACACAGUGGAGAGAAACCCUUCCGCUGCUCCGUGUGCGGUAGAGGUUUCUCCACAGGGGGUAUCACCCUACAGAGACACCUUCUGACACACACAGGGGAGAAACCUUACCACUGCUCUGUCUGUGGGAAGAGGUUCAUCCAGCGAGGGAAUCUGUUAAAACACCAGAAGGUACACACCGGAGAGAAACCUUACUCCUGCUCCGUGUGUGGACGGAGUUUCCCUCGAUUUGAGCGUCUGAAGGACCACCAGCGGACACAUACAGGAGAGAAACCUCAAUCUUGCGAUGUCUGUGGGAUGAGGUUCUCCUACGCGUCCUCCCUCAAGGUCCAUCGAAGAAUGCACACCGGGGAGAGACCUUACCAGUGCUCUGUCUGUGGGGAGAGCUUCAACUCAACAGCAAACCUGAGGAAACACAGACAGUCCCACACUGGAGAUAAUGGGUCUGCUACCAUGAAGAGGGGUCGGCUCCUGAGGUCGUCCCACACUGGAGAGGGGUCUGCUGCUGUUACUGGAGGAUUUCAGACUGCUGGAGGUGACGCUCAGGGAACCGUCGUCAAAGAUAAACGCUCUCUUGGUCCUGACCAAGGCCACGGUGAAGGCUGCUGUCAAACAUCUACCUUAUAUAUCCAUAGUAAAGAAGAGGAGGAGGAGGAGGAAGUGGGUGGUUUGAUCAAUUCCGAAGGAGAAGAAGUUAAUUGGGAUUACCUCAGUCCUGGAUCUACAGCAUUGCAGGGCCCGAAGUCAGUUUCUGAAAAGUUUGAGAACCAAGUUGAAGAUGAAGAAGAUGGUGAUGAUGUGGAAGAAGAGAAAAUUGGUGGUCUGAUCAAUUCAGACGGAGAAGAAAUUGGUUGGGAUCGUCAUCGUAUCAGACAGAGUGUCAGCCGUCCUUCUGACAGCGAGGAGAGUCCCUCCGCAUCAGGAGAACCUGAACAACACCAGGAGAAUCACAACAACACCAAGACCAAGUCUCACCACUGCUUUAGAUGUGGGAAAGACUUUGCCAACAUCUCUAACCUACGGCGACACCAGAAGAGACACUCAGAAGAGAAUUCCGAACACAGAUCCGACAGCGAAGCCAGGAAGUCCCACUGCUGCCCAGAAUGUGGAAGAGACUGUAAGAAGCUAUCAGCUCUACAUAAACACAUGAAGAUCCACACAGGAGAGAAGCCGUACCCUUGCUCCGUGUGUGGGAAACAGUUCCGUGAAAGAACAGCCCUCCGAGACCACCAGAAAGUGCACACGAGAGAAAAACCUUACCCUUGCCCCGACUGUGGGAAGAGGUUCGCUCACUCAGGAGCUAUGAAGAGACACCUGCUGACGCACACCGGAGAAAAACCUUACUCCUGCUCUGUGUGUGGGAGGAGCUACACCCAGAUAGGGCGACUGAGAGAACACGAGCGAACACACAGCGAGGAGAAACACGACUGUUCCAUCUGUUGGAGGAGCUUCUCCAAAGCUACGGCCCUCGUCGCUCACUUCAGGACCCACACUGGAGAGAGACCCUACAGCUGUGAGGAGUGUGGGAAGAGCUACGUACGAACCCAGAACCUCCGAGCCCAUCAGAGGAAAAGUCACAACAGCUCAGUACCAAACCCUGGGACUGGGACAGGGGAAGACCUGGCUGCAGGGGUGAAGAGUGAAGAGGAUUCUGUUAGUAUCAGUGAUGAAGAGGAGAAGGAGUUGAUGCUGGCAGGGUGGAGGAAAACGACGACUAGCCUUACACAUUAGGACAGAUUCCUCUUUGUGCUGACCAUCUCUAGACACCGAAUGAAUACAAUGGACCAAAACAAGGACCAGCCAACCACAUAGGAUUUUCUGCAUCCAAAAUGAUACUCUAUUCCCUAAAUACCAGGUCCUGGUCAAAACUAGUGCACUACAUAGGGAAUAGGGUGUCAUUUGGGAUGCAGAUAGUCUUUGUGGUGAUGAUCUGUAGACAUUGCUGCAGGGACUUGCUAACCAAUAGAAUGGACUGUAGUUCUAAAUUCCACCAGAGGAGAGCAGCAAAGUCGGACGAAAAUUAUUAGUGUUGAGAAAUUGAGUUUGAUCUAAAACAUACACUACAUGACUAAAAGUAUGUGGACACCUGCUCAUCUAACAUCUCAUUCCAAAAUCAUUGGCAUUAAUAUGGAGUUGGUCCCUUCUUUGCUGCUAUA